UAUGUGGUACCUUGCUCAAUAGUAGUACCUGUGAGAGGGAUCUUGGAGUCCUAAUGGACAACCAUUUGGAUAUGAGCCAGCAGUGUGCAGCAGCUGCUGAAAAAGCCAACACAGUUCUGGGCUGCAUAAACAGAGGGAUAGAAUCAAGAUCACGUGAAGUGUUAGUGCCACUUUAUAAUGCCUUGGUAAGGCCACACUUGGAAUAUUGCAUCCAGUUUUGGUCGCCACGAUGUAAAAAAGAUGUUGAGACUCUAGAAAGAGUGCAGAGAAGAGCAACAAAGAUGAUUAGGGGACUGGAGGCUAAAACAUAUGAAGAACGGUUGCAAGAACUCGAUAUGUCUAGUUUAAUGAAAAGAAGGACUAGGGGAGACAUGAUGGCAGUGAUCCAAUAUCUCAGGGGUUGCCACAAAGAAGAGGGAGUCAAACUAUUCUCCAAAGCACCUGAGGGUAGAACAAGAAGCAAUGGGUGGAAACUGAUCAAGGAAAGAAGCAACUUAGAACUAAGCAGAAAUUUCCUUACAGUGAGAACAAUCAAUAAGUGGAACAACUUGCCUCCAGAAGUUGUAAAUGCUCCAACACUGGAAAUUUUUAAGAAAAUGUUGGAUAACCAUUUGUCUGAAAUGGUGUAGGGUUUCCUGCCUGGGCAGGGGGUUGGACUAGAAGACCUCCAAGGUCCCUUCCAACUCUAUUAUUAUUAUUAUUAUUAUUAUUAUUAUUAUUAUUAUUAUUAUUAUUAUUAUUAUUAUUAUUAUUAUUAUUACAAGCCGGUUACCAAGCGUCUGAAUUUUGAUCACGUGACCAGCAGUCAUUAAGUGUGAAAAAACGAUCGUAAGUCACUUUUUUCCCCAGUACUAUAGUAAUUUCCAACGGUCACUAAACGAAGGGUUGUAAGUCCAGGAUUACUUAAAAUGUGUCAAUACUUUAUCCGGGUUUUCUGAUAAGUUUCAGACUGUUCUGGAAGCUGCCGAAUAUUCCGUUAACCGGAAAAAUGCUUGUUUUUGAAAAUCCCACUUCUCGUUUGGUAGUUCCCCCGCCAUCUCUCUCUCGGCGCUGAGUUAAUUGCGAGAGUCCAUUGACAAGACACUCAGGAGGCCAUGAAUAAAAUUUACAAGAGGUCAGCAGUGAGUUAAUAGAGUUUCCGAUGCUGCGGAGUAAGAGCCAAGACGACACUACAAUUCAGAUGAAACGGCAAAGCGAGAGACGCUGAAGGAUCUUUUAUGAAGGAGUGUUUCCGUCUUUGAAGGGCUGCUGAACCGAGCCUUAAGAUGGAAGUGGCUUCUGCCACUUUAUUAAUGUUUAUUUAUUUAUUUCUAGGCUGAUUUUUAUUAUUUUUACAAAUAGCUCAAGGCGAUGAAGCAUAUCCAACACCCCUUUCUUCACCGAUUUUCCCUACAACAGUAACAACCCUGUGAGGUGGGCUGGGCUGCGAGAAAGGGAGUGGCCCAAAGACUAGAUGACACUAAAACUCACAGUCUCCUGGUUUUUGGCACAGUCACCCAGCCAGCUUUUGUGUGGAACUAGAACUCGCAGUCUCCUGGUGAUGGAUUCAAAGUCAUCCAGUGACUUUCAUAAUUAAGGCAGGACUAGAACUCACCGUCUCCUGGUGACUGGCUCAAAGUCACCCAGUGACUUUCAUAAUUAAGGCAAGACUAGAAUUUACCAUCUCCUGGUGAUUGGUCCAAAGUCACCCAGCUGGUUUUCAUGCCUAAGGUGAGACUAGAAUUCACAGCUUCCUGGUAAUUGGCCCAAAGUCACCCAGCUGGCUUUCAUGCUAAAGGUGAAUUAGAACUCCCAGCCUCCUGGCUUCUAGUCUGAUGCCUUCACCAUUAAACCAAGCUGGCUCUCUUUCGCUCCCUUUGGCUGGUUUUUGUGUCCGCCUGGCUGGCAGAAAUUGGUUAGAGACCCUGGUUCGAAAUCUCUGCGCUGUUCCAGAAAAACCACUUGGCCAAGUUGCAUGGCCGACGCUAAGCCACGUUCAUCCAGCUGCUUUAUUUUCCUUGAUUCGUUCCUUCGGCAGCCUGGUGUCUACAGGUUGAGCCGCAUCCUGAGGUUUUACACACCGCACUGGUGUCGUCCUCCCUUGUACUGUCACUGGUGUGACGACACCGCACUGGGGUCGUCCUCCCUUGUACCGUCUCUGAGAUCCCGGUUUCAAUGUCGUUCAGCGCCACCAUCUUGUUCUCCCCACCCCACGCUAAUGAAGCCAAAUGCUGCUGUUGCACUUGCAAGCAGGAGCCGGGGGCUCCCGUCACGGCCCCGCCACCCCCGCCCCCAUCGUCCCCUCCUUGCACCCCCAUCACCAUCACGGGUACUGGGCUGACGGUCCAAUCCUCGGAACAGCUGCUCCACGUUAUCUACCAGCGGGUUGAAAAGGCAGUCAGCUUAGCCGAACUGGCGCUCAGCUUGGCGAAGGCCAACAACGAAGCUCUGAGACGUCUUGAGGAAGACGUGGCGGCCCUGUGCCAGGGUCCUGUUGUGGCCCUCAAAGCCAGCCCCCUGCAGGUCUCCGAGGCGCCCGAAAACGAGGAGGAAUUGGAGACCGAAGAGUUCGGGAACGGCGUCCAGGUGGUCAUCGAAGAAUUGAAGCAGCUGGGUGCCGCGUCGGCUGCAGUGGGGCGGCCCGAACCUUUGGACUUCUUGCCCGGAGUAGCCGAGCAAUGUCCUGCAGGAGAUGCCCCAAUGCCGCCGGUCUAUGUUCCUCCUUCCUCUCCUACCCCACAGAUGGCCCAUCAGCCACCUCUCCAAUCUCUGGACGAGCCCCUCUCCUGUCCAGAGGGGUCCCCCAGCAGCACGACACAAGAGGAGGCCACGAACGGUGAACCCCAUUUCUGUGUAGGUUUCGCUGGUCUCCCUUGCAGGAGCAGAAACCUCGGGCAGAAGAACGCCAGGCGCAAAAGGGAUCUGGUCUUAUCCAAAUUGGUCCACAACGUUCACAACCACAUCGCCAACGAAAAACGGUUUGACGGCGCGGAAAGUAUUAAGUCACCCUGGAAUAUUUCGGUAGUGAAGUUUUUGCUGGAAAAACUCAAACACGAAUUGGUCUCCAAGCACCAUAAUUACACGGAUAAGGAACUAAAAGGUGCUUGCGUGGCCUACUUUCUGACCAAGCGACGCGAAUAUCGGAAUUCUCUCAAUCCCUUCAAAGGGCUUAAGGAGAAAGAGGAGAAGAAAUUACGCAGCAGGCGGUAUCGGCUUUUCGCCAACCGUUCGGGGGUGGCCCGGUUGUUGGGCUCGGAAGAGCAGCGAUUGUGGCGAGGGGUCACCGAAGAGCUGAUGUCGGACGAGGAAGACAGCGCCCGCGAAGCCGGCGUGUGGGUAGCGCGACCGCCCCGCUUCCGAGCGACGCCUCUCAGCCAGCUCUGCUACCGUCUGGAUGCCAACUCCAAGCACGGCACGAAAGCUAACCGGGUCUACGGGCCGCCCUCUGAACGGCUCCCGUCCGCCGAAGUCCAGCUUCUGCCCCCGCAGCUCUACAACCCCCAUUUUCAGGAGGAAGACCCCAAAACGGGCACCCUGGUCCACGUACCCACCCGCAAAGAUUUCGGCCCAGAGCUCAGCUCCUUUGUGGAGAUCAAAGUAGAAAAGGACCAGUAAGGACUAUCGGCUCCUUUGUACGACGGCCCGCUGAAUAAAACCAUCGUGAAGGGAGCCGGGUACUGUACAGGUAGUCCUCAGAUUACAACCGUUCUUUAGCGACCUGUUCGAACUUAGAAGGGUCCUGAAAAAAGUGACCCGCUUCCCAGUUUUGAUCAGCUGAGUGUGGAGAUGCUUACAACGGUUGUUAAGCCUGAAAAACGGUCGUAAGUCACUAUUUUUCAGUGACGUCGUAACUAUGAAUGGUCACUGAAUGAGGUGUUGUUAAGUCAAGGACUCUCUGGGCGGGCGAUUAGUGACUGUUCAAAAUUACAACAUUUACGACCUCGGCAGGAUCGCCGCGAUCACCGGAUUCAAGGAUUCAGACGUUUGGAUAACUGGCUCGGACUUACGACCGUCGUUGCAGUGUCCCGGGGUCACGUGAUCCCCUUUUGCGACUGUCUCGACAAGCAAAGUCCAUGGGCGGGAAGCCAGAUUCGCUUAACGGCCAUGUGACUAACGUAACCACGGCAGCGAUUCACUUAACAGCGGAGGCCAAGAAAGGUCGCACGACGAGGCCAAAGUCACUUAACGAAUAUCCCGCAGAGAUUUUGGGCUCCAUUGCGGUCGUAAACCCGGGGAAUACCUAUAUAUUUGUGCCUCCUGAAUGGUAGCUGUGACAGAUUUUGGGCGCCGACGGAUGACCUCCAUCAACGAGUUGCAAAUCCUUUUGGCCUGAUUCCCGUAGAUCUCCGUUUUAUUUGCAGAAAGAUUAAAUCGAUAGUUUAUAAGAGAAAAAAGGAUCAUUUUAAAAUCAUUUCAUGCGUUUCCCCGCAGUCAUAUUGGCUUAGCGCCUCCGAUGGGUGUCUUGGUGAACCCUGUCUGCCCCCUGGUGGUUCUUUUCCGUACUACAAAUAAAGGAACGGUCCAAGUGCACUUAACUUACAACGGUUCAUUUAAUGACCGUUUGAAGGGCACAGAAAAAGGACCAACCGAUAGCCGGCUUCCUUGCACUUUGGGCACCUGACAAAGGGGGAUGUAUUUAACAGAAGAAUAGAUUUUGAAAGGGACCUCGUAGGUCAUCUAGUCCAACCCCACUUGCAACCUGGUCAGCCGCCUUCUGACAAGCAAAGUCAAUGGAGGGGGAAUGCCAGAUUCGCCUAACGACGGCCUGGUUCACCUGGCGUGAUUUGCUUAACCAAAGAGGUCAUAAAAUGAGACGUGACUCGCUUAACAGUGGAAUUUCCGGUCACCGUUUUGAUCACGAGAACGACCUGGACUUAUUCGCGAUUUUUCAAUAUUGAAAAAAAACGCAUGAAAAAUCUUUUUUCUUUCAUCCUGCGGCUCUCAUCCCUGGCUAUCUGUGUUUCGUUCCUUUCUUUGUUUUUGUCUUUU